CAUCUCAACCCCCGUAGGAUGUACCGCUUCCUCGACCAGCAUCGGCGCCGCUUCCUCGAUCUGUCCCGGCGCCGUUUGGAUCGUUGCGGCGACGGCUUCGUCAGUCUUCAGCUCCGCCACCUACAUCCUGAAGGAGUACGAUCUCGUGGCUGGAUGGCGACGGACAUGUUGACCAUAUACCUGCACUAUGAAGAUACAAAUCAGGAAGCCAAAAUUUUACAAAGAUCCAUGAUGAGAGGUGAUGUCUUGUAUUACGACUUAAUCUUGAUGAUCGAAGAAGUUGGCUUUCAGGCAAUUGACUUUCUGUACUAUGCGAAAAAACCCCGUCUAGGCAGCUCCUACUUAGUUCACAUUUAUGAUGAAGGUGUUGUGAUGAAAAUGUUGUCUGACACUGAGAUUGUGAAAGCUGUCCAUCUGUAUGUGUCUAAGGAGAAGGCUGACGAUCAUACUGCUCCGCCUAGCAAGAAAAUUGAUGUUGCUCCAUCUAACCAUCCAAAUGAGAGUGUUCUCUUACAGGACGGUGGUGUCUCUGCUGAAGGGGCAGGGCAACUUACUAUGCAAGGGCUGCAAAGUCAAAAAGGUUGAAUGUGAUUCAGGUUACGGACCAACGUGAUGAUGAAGAUGGAGACUGCAACAAUGGUGAGCAAUUCCCACAAGGUCAUGAAUCACAAGCAUUGGUCGAUGAAGAGGGUCAAGUGCACAAUCAAGUAGACAAGGAAGUACGCAAGCGCAAGAGAACAAGCUUGCCAAUUGUCUGGAACAUGCCAAAGGGGCAGAGAAUAGUUGUGAAAUGCAAUGAAGAUAGCCAGCCUAUAGGAGAUGAAGGUGCAAUCUUGGGGAAGUUUCUGGGCACGGUUGCUAGAAAUGGAGGAUUUUACCCACUAAACAUAAAUGAUUGGCGUCAUGUCAAAAAGAAUAGUGGCGAGGAAACAAUAUUGCAGUGU